AUGAGAAUUCGUGGAACCGCCGCGGGCCAACAAGAAAAUGAUGACACCCAGAUAAGCGAUUGUGAAUGGCCGUUGGGAAGCAGCGGGCGGACGGAAUCACAAUAUAUAUAUACGAAGGCGACGCCAGCGAUGCCACCAAUGACAUACGCAGGAGCGCAGAAGCAAUAA